AUGGGAAGUUUUGACCUCAGAGAUCUGUUCACAGUUGGCCAGUUCCUGAAGAGAAGAUGUGCAGACGGAUUAAAAGCUGGUGAGACUAAGCAAGCUAAAAAUUAUGUUUUCUUUGAGGUGGAGAUCCUGGAUUCUAAGAAAUUACAGCUGUGCUUCUUGGACAAGGUGGAACCAAAUGCAACCAUAGGGGAGAUCAAAUGUCUCUUACAUAAGUAUUAUCCCAAAUGGUACCCAGCCAGACAGUCUCUGACACUCCAUCCUCAUGGAAAAUCGCUCAGAGAUGAUGAUGUAUUAGAAAACCUACCGGUGGGAACUACAGCGACCAUGUUCUUCCACGACCUCGGACCACAGCUGGGAUGGACAAUGGUGUUUCUGGCUCAGUGUGUAGGCCCUCUCUUCCUGUACCUGCUCUUCUAUUUCCGUCUUCCAAACAUCUACCUGCAUGAGCACAACUACACCAGGAGUCCCUACAAAGUGGUCAAGUUGGCCUGUGUGUGCCAUUCAUUCCACUACAUCAAGAAGCUGUUUGAGAUCAUCUUUAUACAUCGAUUCUCUCAUGGGACCAUGCCUCUACGCACCAUCAUGUGGAACUGUUUGUAUUACUGGGGAUUUGCUGCCUGGAUGGCCUACUACAUCAAUCACCCCCUGUACACACCACCAGCGUAUGGCAAGCUUCAGAUUUACAGUGCACUGGUCAUGUUUGUGCUAUGUGAGGCUGGCAACUUCUCCAUUAAUUUGGCUUUCAAUACCUUAGGCUGCAGCGGUUCUCGGCCAAAGAGUAUCCCUUACCCCACCAAAAACCCCUUCACUUGGCUUUUCUUCUUGGUGUCCUGUCCGAACUACACAUACGAGACUGGCGCGUGGCUUAGUUUCAGCAUCAUGACUCAGUGUGCUCCAGUGGCUCUGUUCACGUUCAUCAGCUUUAUCCAGAUGACCAUCUGGGCGAGAGAGAAGCAGGAGAUCUACACCAGAGAGUUCAUUAGCUACCCUGAGCUCCGCAGCGCCAUCGUACCCCUGUUUCUUUGAGCUGGCCAAUGAAAUUCAGGCUAGUGGGUGGCCUGAGGCAAUGACACCACUACUUGCGGCAGGAGAACAGUAAUUGGACUAUGUGUCCAACCCGGAAUCCGAAUUAUGACAAGCCACUCAGCAUAGUGACGCCUUAGCGCUGACGCCUGACCACCUCUCAGCCCCUCCAGUGGCCUAUAGCAUCUCUG